AUGGAGGAGACGCAGCGCGCCCGCUCGCACACGGUCACCACCACCGCCAGCUCCUUCGCCGAGAACUUUUCCACCACCAGCAGCAGCUUCUCCUAUGACCGCGACUUCCUCCGCACCCUGCCCGGGCUCCUCAUCGUGGCGGAGAUCGUUCUGGGACUGCUGGUAUGGACGCUCAUCGCUGGAACGGAGUACUUCCGGGUCCCUGCCUUUGGCUGGGUCAUGUUCGUAGCUGUGUUUUACUGGGUCCUCACCGUCUUCUUCCUCAUUAUCUACCUAACGAUGACCUACACCAGGAUCCCCCAGGUGCCCUGGACCACGGUGGGUCUGUGGUUUAACGGCAGUGCCUUCGCCUUAUACCUCUCAGCCGCUAUUGUGGACGCAUCUUCCGUCUCCCCGGAGAGAGACAGUCACAACUUCAACAGCUGGGCGGCUUCGUCGUUCUUCGCCUUCCUGGUUACCAUCUGCUACGCUGGAAACACAUAUUUCAGUUUUAUAGCUUGGAGAUCCAGGACCAUACAGUGA